UCUGCGUGUUUGUGUGGGAAUGACGUGACGUGACGUGGAGCCUUUCAGCCGCGGGACCCGCAGCUGUUCGCCGUCGGGCUGCGGCCUUGUCCCGCUCACAAAGACGGGCCAGAAAGAGCUGCUAGCCGGCUGGAGUUACGGCUGUAGUGAAGGAUUUCUAACCUAACCUCCGUCUUCCUCCGCGGGUCGCUUUGUGUCUAACGACUCCUUUUCUGCUGCUAACCGGAAAACUUUGCUUCUGUUUCCAGUCGAACCGGCGGAGCAGCUCCGAACCAACCGGGAUGUCGAAGCGCCCGUCCUACGCUCCACCCCCUCCCCCUGCCCCAACCACACAAAUGCCUUCCACCCCGGGGUUUGUGGGCUACAACCCCUACAGCCAUCUGGCCUACAACAACCUCCGGCUGGGAGGGAGCUCCGGAGGCUCCAGCAGGAAUUCCUCUGGGAUUGCGGUUCCAAAGCCUCCCAAACCUCCAGACAAGCCCUUGAUGCCUUACAUGCGGUACAGCCGGAAGGUAAGCAGGAAGGUAUGGGACCAAGUAAAAGCCUCCAAUCCAGACCUGAAACUCUGGGAAAUCGGGAAGAUCAUCGGAGGCAUGUGGAGAGACCUGACCGACGAGGAGAAGCAGGAUUACCUGAACGAGUACGAGGCUGAAAAGAUCGAAUACAACGACUCUCUGAAGGCCUACCACAACUCCCCCGCAUACCUGGCCUAUGUGAACGCCAAGAACCGGGCGGAGGCCGCCAUGGAGGAGGAGAGCCGGCAGCGCCAGAGCCGUCUAGACAAGGGGGAGCCGUACAUGAGCAUCCAGCCCGCCGAAGACCCUGAUGACUACGACGACGGCUUCUCUGUGAAGCACACGGCGGCCGCUCGCUUUCAGAGAAACCACCGCCUCAUCAGUGACAUCCUGAGCGAGAUCGUUGUGCCAGACGUGCGCUCGGUGGUCACCACGGCCCGCAUGCAGGUCCUGAAGAGGCAGGUCCAGUCCCUCAUGGUGCACCAGAGGAAGCUGGAGGCAGAGCUGCUGCAGAUUGAAGAUCGUCACCAGGAGAAGAAGAAGCGCUUCCUGGAGACCACCGAUUCCUUCAACACGGAGCUGAAGAGGCUGUGCAGUCAGAAGGUGGAGGUGGACAUGGAGAAGCUGGCAGCAGAGAUGGCGGCUGCUGAGGAGGCGGCGCGUCGGCGGGCCGAGGAGAGGGAGCGCGAGGCGGCGGAGCAAGUGGAGAAGGCUGCUCAGCAGCUGCAGGAGGGCGGGGCUUCUGAGCAGAGCACGGCCAACAGCUCCCCAGGGACCAAGGAGGACACGCCCAUGGAGACAGAGGAUGCAGCCGCUUCAGAGCCGCCGUCAGACCAGCAGCCGGCCGCAACGCCGUCAUCUGAGCCUCCAUCUUUGGUCUCCGAGAUGCUCUCUCCUCCCCCUGAGCCCCCCAGGGAGAACAGCUCUCCUAGUAGCAUCUGCACCCCCAGUGAUGACAGCAACAGCAUGCCCCCCCCUGCAGACAACAACCUGGAAGCAGCGGCUUCACAGUCUCCUACUGGACAGGAAGUGACCCCCUCCGCCCUCCCCCCUGCCUCAGAGGAACCAGCUCCACCACCACUUCUGCCCCCCAGCCAGGGCAGCCACCAGUAUGAGUAGAGUUACAGCUGUGGAGCCCCCGGGGGCAGCGCCAUGAGCUCUUCCUGUUUUUUAAAGAAUCUGCUGAAGCUUUUGUCUUUGAUGUUUGUAACCUUUCCAGAGUCUUCUAGAUCCUCUGCUCUGUUUGGGAUCCACAGCGUUUCCUCUCUCUUCUAGAGAUUCCAGAUCCGCUGUGGUUCUUCUGGAUUAUCAGCGAGUCCAGACGCUCGCUUGUGUUUAGCUUCUUCACAGAGUCCAGCUAAAGAUCAGGGUUUAGUCCCAGGAUUUCUUUUGUACCGUCUAAACUGACCAAAUAAAGAUCUUCUCUUUCA